CGGCCCCUCCAGUUGCAGGCGGGACCCGGGGAGGACCCGGGAAGGAUUGCGCGGUCCCGCCCCUGCCCUCGCGCGGCCCCGCGCCCUCUGUGUCCCCGGCGCGCCGGCUCGACAUGCUGCCCGACUGCCUGUCCGCCGAGGGCGAGCGGCGAUGCCGGCAGCUGCUGGCCGGGGCCACGGCCCGGCUCCGCGCGCGGCCCGCGGCGGCCGCGGUGCUCGUGCCUCUGUGCUCCGUGGGCGGGGUCCCGGCGCUGCUCUACACGCUGCGGUCCAGCCGCCUGGCCGGGAGGCACAAGGGCGACGUCAGUUUCCCAGGCGGCAAGUGCGACCCCGCGGAUCAGGACGUGGUGCACACGGCACUGCGCGAGACCCGGGAGGAGCUGGGGCUGGCCGUGCCUGCUGAGCGCGUGUGGGGCGUCCUGCGGCCCGUGUGGGACCGGCAUAAGGCCACGGUGGUGCCAGUGCUGGCCGGCGUGGGCCCGCUGGAUCUGCACAGCCUCCAGCCCAACCCCGAGGAGGUGGACGAGGUCUUCACGUUGCCCCUGGCUCACCUGCUGGAGACCCAGAACCAGGGCUACACCCACUUCUGCAAGGGCGGCCACUUCCGUUACACCCUGCCUGUCUUCCUGAACGGACCACACCGAGUCUGGGGCCUCACAGCCAUCAUCACCGAGUUCACCCUGCAGCUGCUGGCACCCGGCACCUACCAGCCCCGCCUGGCCGGCACCAGGCUGUCCGGCGGCUGAGCGCCCGGCCCUCCGCGGCUACACGCCAGGACUGAAUAAAGAGCCUUUGGCA